CGCUAGUGAGGAAGGGCACCACCGUAAGCCAGUGCGCAGGCCCCGUCUUUCCUAUAUGUUAGGUCGUGUGGUCAGGAACCCAAACUUUGAACCCAGACAGAGUGUGUCCAGAAACAGGAACAGGAAUAGGAGACCUCAGGUGAGUAUGACAUCAACAGGUGUUCUGCAGCCCAUCCCUGAGAACCGAGACCCAGUGGAACAGAGCCCGAGACCACCAUCACCUGAGAGGGCCUUCAUCAACCUGCAGCCACACACACAGCUUGACCAACAAGGAGCGUUAUCCCACUCUGAAGAGAUGAGAGAGAAAACCAACCCACUCUCUGGGAUCCAUGACCUGACAGUCCUCCUGUGUGAGGAGAAGGAGAAAGAGAAGGCCCUGUUUGUUAAAGCCAGAGAGAGGACCAUGAGAUACUUGAAAGAGGAUCUGGCUUACUACCAUGAGAAGGUCACCAAAGACCUGGGAUCCCUAGGCCAGACCCUGGACAGAGCUCUGGGGCUGAAUCAGAGCGAAGAGGAAGCUAAGCUGGAGGAAAGGAUGGUUAGGAGGUUUGGGAAGGGUGAGAGAUUGAUGAGGCCAGUGCUAGAGGUUGCAGGAAGAAGAGACAGACAAAUAUCAAGACACCCGAAUGUAAAGAUGGUAAUGAAUGGGAGAAGAGCCGGCCAACUAGUGAAGGUGGCAGAAGAGGAAGAGAGUAUAAGAGGUCAAAGAGCGAAGCCAGUGAACAUUUUCAAGGAAAUCGUUGCAGAGUUCAUGGACAAGGUCCAAAAUGAGUUUGAGGAUUUUAAUAAACUCCAAGACAUCGACAUGUGUCACAUGGUCAGAAAGCAGAUCAAGCAAGACCAGAUGAUGUUGGAUGCUUGGAAGCUCCAGCAGGAGUUAGUCGUGGGCUCUUUCAGAAACUACUGGAGAGAACUGGAGGAGGGCAUUGGACCCAUGCUAGACAGAGUGCAGAAAAUAGCCGCUGUGGAAGUUGAGAAUGACUUCGCUACUCUUGAGUCAGUGAGUCAGAACUACAGGUCAUCUACUCCAGUGACUAUGACCUCCUUGACCUCUGUCUCUUUGACCACUGCUCCACUGACCGCUUCUCCACAGACCGCUACCCUCCAGACCACUGCCACUCCCCCCCUCUUCCUCCCUGUUCGCAUCCCUCCCUCUAACCUCCAGACCACCGCCGCUCCACCCCUCCCUCGCCCCCACCGCCUGCCCCCACUGAAGGUUCCACCGCCGACCCUGGCAUGGCCACAGACCACCCAUCUACCACCCAUCUCCACCCAGACUGAGGGAGGACAGACAGGCAACACUGACAGGACUGGAACACCUGUACUGACUCUGGACACUAAUGGAGAUCAGACAGGAGAAACCAAUGAGAUUGAUUAUGAUGAGGUAGAGGAGAUUAGCAUCCUGCCUGAUGAGGAAAGGUUCCAAGUAAAGCAAGUGGAGAAGGAAGAAGUGAAGGAGAAGAAGGAACAGGAGAAUGAGACAGGGGGGGCGAAGAAAUGUCGCAAGACCAUCAAGAAGAGGUUUAUCAGAUGGCUGAGGAAGAUGUGCUGCUGUGGAGGCUGCUUUCAGAAAUGCUGAACUGAAAUCUUCAUCACACCACAGCCAGAGAUCCCUUAAACACACACACAGAUGUGCGCCCACAAACAUACACACA